CUCACAAAAGAAAAUCCAAAACCUUUGCAUUUUAGGUAUUUAAAGCCAAUCCUCAAUCCCUUCUCCGUCAAUUAAAUUCCCAAAACGCGUCUCGCACCUUCCACCUACAACAACAACAAACGAAACAUUCCUCUCCUUUAUUUUUGUGGAAAUCCCAGACCCCAUACUUCUUAUUUUCCUGGCCUUUUUCCCCUUUUUUGUUGUAAUAAAAAUCAUUGAUCUUUUGGUAUUUUUGUGAAUGGUGGAAACGAUUCGGAGCUCUAGUAGUUUGAUGCUCCCCCUUUGUAAAUCCAGGGCGAGCGUACUCCUCCCUGUUUCCGCCGCUUCUGCUUUCGCAUUCGGUUCUUGCAAAGAAGGCUGGUACUACCGCUGCAUCGGCCUUGAUCCAUAAACAAACAACAAAUCCCUCUGAAAAAAUCGCAAUACUUUUCCCCACCGAUAACCCAGAUUUUGUUAUUAUUCAUUCAAUUCUCUUGGUUUAGAUUCUUUUUUUUAUUAUUUUUGGGUUUUAUUUUAAUUAAAAAAAAGAGUCGAAAGAAUGUUGCUUUACAAGCAGAAGAAGAACCAGGGUCCCAAGGGAAACCGGCUCUUGAUCAGCGUCACCGUUCUCGGCAGCGCUGGGCCGAUCCGUUUUGUGGUUAGCGAGGAAGAGAUCGUUGCUGCUGUCAUUGAUACUGCUUUGAAAUCUUAUGCUCGUGAGGGUCGCCUCCCUGUUCUCGGCUCCAAUCUUAAUGAUUUCCUCCUCUAUUGCCCCAGUGCUGGAUCGGGUGCAGCACUGAGUACAUGGGAAACUAUUGGAUCGCAAGGGUCGCGUAAUUUCAUGCUCUGCAAGAAGCCGAGGGCUGAGAAGAUGGAAAACGAUGGAAAAUCAGCCGAACCGAUUACUAGGAAGUCACCUGGGAACUGGAAGGCAUGGCUUAACAAAUCCCUUAACCUUAAGAUUUCCUCCCAUUAAAUACAUUAUGUUCUAUUGGGUUAAGCUUUAUGUAUAAAUAAAGUUAGACCGUCAUUGAAGAUGGCCAUUGUAGAAUGUUGUCGGUUUUUAUGUUUUCCACCUUAAUUUUUCUCAUUUAACUGAGAAAAGACCUGCAGUAAUAAAUAAUGCUUGUUUUCCAGUG